AUUUCGUAGCUCAUGAAAAUAUCCGGUAUCUAAAUAGAGAAGAAGCACAUGUUCCGAUGUUGAAAAUAUGGAUAGCGUAAGAUUAUCUUACAAGAAAAAUGAAAAAGUUGUGUUGGCACAUUUCACCAAUGGCAAAUUAGAUGACACAUGUGCGAAGAAGAUACAUUUUGGAUAUUUUCAAGGAGUUCAAGAUGACAGAAAACUGAAGGAUAAGAAGAUGCUGGUUGCAGAGACAAGUGAAAUGUCAUAUGUUGGACAGAAUUAUGGUCCACUAGCCAGUACAGUUCAGAGAAACUGCAAAAAGCUGUACAAAACCACAGGGAAGAUGAGGAUUUGUGACACAGAAAUAUUUCAAAUGCACCCCAAACCUUCAGAUAUUGAUGAUGACGAAGAGAAACUUACGUUACCCUCAUCAGUGUCAGAAAAGAGCUUUAAAGAAAAGAAUGACAUGCUUACAAGUGCCUUUGGAAGCAAAAAGAAGCAGAGGGCAUUGGAAUCAAGGCUGAAAAACCAAAUCAAGGGGAAGGCCCUAGAUAAAGCCUUGAGCUCUGUCAUUAGUCAGGCCUCAACUGUUACUCCAGUACAGGUGGAAGACAAUGACACAAAUCCUGAGAACGCCAUCAUCCCUCCAAUGAACAAGGCGGCAGCCACACCUAGAGAAGUCUAUAACAUGGAUGACAUUGUGCAUCCUAAUGAUAAACAGGCAACAGAGGAGGCCUCCAGGGUUUUCUUUGAUGCCACGAUGGAUGACAUCCAGCAAUGGAGAAAAGAAAACAAGUAUCCACAACAAAUACUCUCCCUGUUGUUCAUAUUUGCUAUGAAUGUCAAAGUCUUGAGGAGCGCCUGUACAGAAUGCAUAUAAUACUGUAUAUUCGCAACAUACAUCACAUACUUGUACUACCUAAUACACCUACACAACCGCAAUCCCAAGCAGCUAAGAGAGAAAGAUCCCCUCCCAAAGGAAUGGCCAGAACCUGUCAGGUUUCACAUACUGAAGAAAUUUACACAAGGUGUAGGAACCAGACAAAGAGUUUUCACUGCUAGACUGAAGGAUAAACUGGUUUCCCAUAUACUGGUUCUCUGCCUUUACUUGGAUGAAUUUUCCAUGGAUCUAUCAAACAUACAGACAGAUCUUAACAAAACACAUGACAAACUGACGAGGCACUGCCAGGCUCUUGGAUGCACAAUGAAAUCCAAGAAACUGGACACAGAUGAUGGGGGCCUUACUGUACGCUGGGCAACCCUCUCCCUCCCCCUCAAUCUGUCCCCACAAAAAGGGGGAAAACGAAAAUCUUCAAGAUAGCAACAAAAUUAUAGCUGAAUUUAACAAGGACAUCAGUUUAAAAUUUCCAAUGUUUGAUCUUUGAUGAUUAUCUGACAUUUUUUGUGAAAAUAGACUGUUUUUCAUUUUUGUCAGCCAGACUGACUUGUCAUAUAAGCGGGAGUUGAUAAAUGUUGAUUCAUUUGAUUAAAGAAUAUUCAGAGUCCACAAAUUCUGAGAAUUGUUAUAAAUUGUAAACUGCAAUAUCGAGGCUGUUUGUGUGUGGAAAUCUUGUCAUGUUGUAUACUUCUAAAUUUAAUUUUUUUUCCAAUUUCAUCAAGGCAAAAAAAAAUUUCUGAAAUAGAUUCAUUUUUUUAAAUUUAAAAGUCAACCAUUAAAAUGACUUGUAAACUUAAAACUAAUAAAAUAUGUUUACUAUAUAACAACAAA